GCACACAGGUCAGUUCAGACGAGCAGCUGCGAGCGCGACCAGAAGGAAACUUCCCAUCAUCUUCACAUCGAACUGUAUCCAUAUAUCAUCUAUCUGCAGAGACUUUGUAGCGAACAGCGGAGCCGAGCUUUUUCUCUUCCUCUCUGGAGAUGAAGCACAUAUUCACCCCGGACUGAAAAGGCGCGCUCUUGAUGACUUCUACUCAUUCAUUGUGUUAAAUAACCAUUAGAGUGUAAACUGUUACAGUUUCUGGUUGCUUCUGCCGGAGUUUCACCUCCACACGAUGGCCGAGAACAAACACCCGCACGUUGUCUUCUGCAACGACUCUCCUAAGAGAGUGCUGGUGUCCGUUAUCAAGACCACACCGAUCAAACCGAGGACAGCGGAGGCCCUGACGCCCACCAGUCCCGGGUUCAGCGACUUCAUGGUCUACCCGUGGAAGUGGGGGGAGAAUGCCCACAACGUGACCCUGAGCCCGGGAUCACUGAGCGGGGCUUCGUCUCCUACCGGGACCCAGACUGCCAGGGAGGCCGACACGGACACGGACCCUUCAGGUGACCAGAUGAGGGAUGGCAUCCGCAGAGGGCGUCCACGGGCUGACACUGUCCGGGAGCUCAUAAGCGAGGGGGAGACUUCGUCCAGCCGUAUUCGCUGUAACAUCUGCAACCGAGUGUUUCCCAGAGAGAAGUCUCUUCAGGCUCACAAGAGGACACACACAGGAGAGAGGCCCUACCUGUGUGACUACCCAAAUUGUGGGAAGGCGUUUGUCCAGAGUGGUCAGCUGAAGACGCACCAGCGGCUGCACACUGGGGAAAAACCCUUCGUCUGCUCGGAGAAAGGAUGUGGCAAUCGGUUCACACACGCCAACCGUCACUGUCCCAAGCAUCCUUUCUCCCGCCUGAAGAGAGAGGAACCAAAGGAGGGCCAGGGGAAGGCUCAGUCUGUGGACAACAAGGCCGUGGCAGAGUGGCUGGCAAAGUACUGGCAAACCCGUGAGCAGCGUGCCCCCACAACCACCAAGGGGAAGCCACAGGGCAAGGCCAGAGCAGAGGACCAGGAGCAGCAGGAUCCCAUGGAGUAUCUCCAGUCCGAUGAAGAGAACGAGGAAGAGGAAGAGACAGCGGAGGAAGAGAAGGGCAGCCAGGGAGGAGCCGCCAAGCGCCGCCUCCAGGAGCAGCGAGAGCGUCUCCACGGUGCUCUGGCACUCAUUGAGCUGGCAAACAACCUGUCUGCCUGAACACCCACAUACUUCCUGGUCUUGGACUCCCAUUCCCCGUCCCUCAAACCUCCAUUCCCAACCCCGCCUUCCUGCAGUAUGUGAUGUAGCUAGAACGUGCUCAUAAAUGCAGAUCAACGACGAGUUUAGUUUAUUCUAUAAAGUUGUGAAAUCAGACUUUGAGAAAGAGCUGAACUGGCCUGAGAUCAGUGUUGUGCACAGCCUCAUCUACUCCCCCUCACACUCAGCACCUGGAAGGCACAAGCUAAAGCACCUUAUUCAGCUUCCAUUUUAUCCUUUUAGGCUGCUAUAAUUGUAGAUUUGACUAUAUGAAGAAUGUCUUUCUUUCUCCUGUCUUCUAAAGGCAGAGAAAGAGUACCUAUUAUGGUUUAAUUUUGUUUUGUUUGCACUUUGAUGGUAACGAGUUUUUGUUGAGUGUAUUGUGAGUGUAACAGAGUGUGAAUGACUGAUAUGUAUAUGUGGAUCAAGCUCAGAUGGACAGAGUGAUACAGGGUGUGGUCAAACAUAGGAAAUGUUAAGUUGCAUUCCAACUGUCAGAUGGCCUCUCAUCAUGCUCCCAGGUUUCAUCUCCAGCAUUGUAAAGCACAAUUUCACCGCCAUGACAACGACAGCAGUGGUGGUAGAAAUGGACUGAGAAACGUUCAGAUAGUUGAAGUUUCACCUCUACGGCACGCUCCAAGAAGAGUGUGUAGGUAGACUGAAGGAGACUAAACAAGUAUGCGAAUGAGAGGUGAUCAUUGCAAGCCUAAUCCAGAGGUCUGGUUAGGCUCAAGCUAUUCACAAAAUCCAAACUUUGACAGCUUCACCACUUUGUCAUACACAUAAUAGUAUCCGUAUGACAUUACCAGAGGCGCACAGGAAAAGUUCACCUUGAGCCGACUGUACUGUUUUACAGAUUUAGUUAAGUAAUCUACAAUAUUUAAAGGUCCAGAGUGCCUUUUCUGACAUACCAUAUUUCCAUUUUAACAGCCAUUUUCCUCAGAGAUACAAGAAACCUGCAGACCUGAAGCUGUUUUCCAACCAGACGGGAGAUAUAUUACAAUGGAUGAUGUCGGCCACCUUUUAUAUUAAAAGGUAGCUGACCAGUUAUGAUAACGGGCAUAGAAAAGUAGUAGUGUGUGGUGCAUCUAUGUCAUCUCAUUUCAAAAGAUUAAAUUAUGAUAUUUAUUUCACAAUAUAUCUUUUUUUUUUUAUGGCUAACAUUUUGUUCAACUUUGAUAUCCCUGGAAUCUUUUCACAUGUGAAGGGGAAUAUUCUGGCACCAGCAAAAAUCUGCCAAGUUCUAAAAUGUAAAAAUGAAAUCCAUUUAUGAUAUGUCACGUAAAUUUAGACAACCCCCAUUGAUUUUCUAUUUAGCACUUAACACCUCUAUUAAGUCUUGGAUUAAGCUUGCAAUGCACUGAAGAUUAGAUUUGUCGUACGUGUCCAACAAAAUGGCACUUGUUUUUGAUGAACUGAUUUUUGUAGUGCUGGGUGUUUUUAUUUUUUAUAAUUUUUUUUUAGCAACACUACAUCCUUCAACACUGUAUGAAGCCUCUCAUAACUGCCCUGUCUCUGGUUGUUUAGGGAAACCCGCACCAACAACCUGUCACUCUAGCUAUGAAGUUUUAAUCUGUUUGAUUUGAGGAUUUACGGUGAAACUGGAAGGCAAGUGAAUAGUUGAUAAUCAAAACACCAAAUGAUUUAUUUGUACCCAAUUAUAGUAUAUUUUGAAGCAUUUCUAACCCUUAGUCUAUUUUGUGGUUUGAGAAGAUGGCAUUUAAUAUAUAUACACAUUGUGUUUGUUAGAAUAUUGAGCGUGUACAAUUUACAGAGAGCUUUGAAGUUGAAUUUUAGUUUCAGUUUUCCCCUCUGCUAACAUCCUCCAACAGUUCUCAUGUUUGUGACAUUUAUAGAGUGCUUGCUUGGUAGACAUUUUAUUACACAUUUUAAAAGGUAAGACUUCUCUGACAGGCUGUCCACACUGUUAUAGAAUUGUUGGUUUUCAAUAAACAUUCACUGAACCUGA